UUAGAAGAAGCGGGGUCAAAGCUUUUGUUUCCAUUUCCGGGUCAACGAUAUCCUUCACAAACCGUUGAAAUGUUGACCCGACUGCCUCGGCUUGGGGUCGCUUUGCCCCGGUUACUGUGUAAUCCCCCGGCUCGGUUCGUCUCCCAGUCGAAACCCAGUGGUUCUGCCGGAGCGGCCUCAGUGACGGAGCUGCACCCCCCGGAGAAGAAGAGCGGACACGGGGAGGUCAGCCCGUAUGUCAAGAAUCCAGACUACCAUGGCUUCUCCCAGGACCCCGUGGUGGAUGAGUGGAACAUGAGAGUGGGCUUCUUCUUCAGCAUCUCAGUGGCUCUUGUUAUUGGAGGAGCAUUUAUCAACUAUUUACCAGACCAUGGCUUGCGGAAGUGGGCCAGGAAGGAGGCGGAGCGUGUGGUCCUGCAGAGAGAGCAGGAGGGUGUUCCUCUGUUAAGCGAGUACUACUUCGACCCAGAAAAGAUUGUUCUCCCCAGCUCUGGAGAGCAGUAGGAUCAAACAUCCUCCUCCUGUAUUUCAUGAUUAAUGUAUUUCACUGAGAGAAUAAAUGAUUCUGUUUGUAACUGUUGAA